AUGCCUCUGCAUGAGAUGGAGGCCAUCCGGGAUGCGCCUACUCCUGCGUGGUCUGACAGCAAGCUUCUUGAUGCAAUGGUUUCUGUCCCACUUGUGGCGGAAAAUGCGCGGGAGCUUGAUAUCUACAAUCACUCCGUGCAGUGGACUUGGGCUGAUCCUGGGGAUCCAGGGAAUGAGUGGAGGCCUCGGGAUGCUCUGGCAAACCCAGAGGAGGAGGAUGAUGAAAUGGAGGAGGCAGCUGAGGAGGAAGGAUGGGAAGAAGAGGAUCCCUGUGUCGACGACCUUGUGUCGGAGAAGGCCCUCGCGAUCCUGGCUGAGGGCAAGGUGGGGCUGAUUCGAGCAAGCCUGUGGAUGGCAGUGCUGAGGUGCAACGGCAAUGGGGAGCCCAUUCCGAGGCUGGGGAAGUGCCGUUCCUUGCACCUCAUGAAGGCUUAA